GUUUUGCACGUGAUGCCAAUGCAUUCUGAGGGAUAAACCCAUUGCAUUGCCCUCUCUGGACUGCCCAAACUCUCUCUCCGCGCUGUUUCUGUCCUCUUCUUCGUCUUCAAAUGCCUUCCUGAUCUCCACCUUCAAUCUCAGAAUUCAGGUCCCUCAGACCUCUCCGAUUCCAACUCCAGCGCCGCCCGCCCAUUUCCGUUCGUUUGGAGUUUUCUUAGCAUUUGGCUGUGUGCGAUGGAACCGGAUAACAAAUUCUUCAAUGUCGGUCUGCUCGUAGUGGCCACUUUAGUCCUUGCGAAGGUCAUUUCUUCCGUUCUGAAAUCCAGAUCUAACAAACGGGCUCCUCCCACUGUGAGAGGGUUGCCCUUGGUUGGGGGAAUGGUCCGUUUUCUUAAGGGUCCGAUUGUUAUGCUGAGGGAGGAGUACCCUAAGCUUGGGAGUGUCUUCACCUUGAACCUAUUGCACAAGAAAAUCACCUUCUUGAUUGGGCCUGAGGUUUCUGCACAUUUCUUCAAGGCAUCUGAGUCUGAUCUUAGCCAGCAGGAAGUUUACCAGUUCAAUGUGCCUACUUUUGGGCCUGGCGUUGUGUUUGAUGUGGAUUACUCCAUUCGCCAAGAACAGUUCAGGUUCUUCACUGAGGCUCUUAGAGUCACUAAAUUGAAGGGCUAUGUGGAUCAGAUGGUCAAAGAAGCAGAGGAUUACUUCUCUAAGUGGGGAGACAGUGGGGAAGUGGACCUCAAGUAUGAGUUGGAGCAUCUUAUCAUCUUAACAGCUAGUAGAUGUCUAUUGGGUAGAGAGGUUCGUGAUAAGCUUUUUGCGGACGUUUCUGCUUUGUUUCAUGACCUUGACAAUGGAAUGCUCCCAAUCAGUGUAAUGUUCCCCUACCUGCCUAUCCCGGCUCAUCGUCGUCGUGAUCGAGCCCGCAGCAAGCUUGCGGAUAUCUUUGCUAAGAUCAUAGCUUCCAGAAAAUGCAAUGGAAGUUCAGAGAAUGACAUGUUGCAAUGUUUUAUUGACUCAAAGUACAAAGAUGGUCGACCAACGACAGAUACUGAGGUCACUGGUUUGCUCAUAGCUGCUCUUUUUGCAGGUCAACACACUAGUUCUAUUACCUCUACUUGGACUGGGGCUUAUCUUCUACGCCACAAAGAGUACAUGUCUGCUGUUAUAGAGGAGCAGCAAAAGCUGAUGGAAAAACAUGGAGAUAAGACUGAUCAUGAUAUCUUGUCUGAAAUGGACAAUCUCCAUAGGUGUAUUAAAGAAGCUCUCAGACUCCACCCUCCAUUGAUUAUGUUGAUGCGCAGUUCACAUACUGAUUUUAGUGUGACCACUAAAGAGGGGAAAGCAUAUGAUAUACCAAAGGGUCAUAUAAUUGCUACAUCUCCAGCUUUCGCUAAUCGACUUCCUCAUGUCUAUAAGGAUCCAGACAGGUACGAUCCAGACAGGUUUUCCCCUGAACGAGAUGAAGACAAGGCAGCUGGGCCAUUCUCCUACAUCUCGUUCGGAGGCGGUAGGCACGGGUGUCUCGGCGAGCCCUUCGCUUAUCUACAGAUAAAGGCAAUUUGGAGUAGGUUGUUAAGAAAUUUUGAACUGGAGCUAAUAUCUCCUUUUCCUGAAAUUGAUUGGAAUGCCAUGGUUGUGGGUGUCAAAGGGAAAGUUAUGGUCAGGUACAAGAGGAGGAAGCUUUCAGUUAGAUAAUUGGAAGAAGGUUUUAACAGUUUCUAAUUAUUUCCGGGGGAGUUUGCUUUCCACCUGCCUGCACCAACUUCAUUUGCUUUCCACAAUACUUCAAUCAUUUGUGCUUCCAGGAGGUUUUUGUCAUCGAGUUUGACCUCAGGUCACGUUCAGUGUUUUAAUCUAGUUUAUGUUAGUUUGUAAUAUCUUAAGUUUUGUUAUUGUUGGAUCCGUUUGAAAUGGGUGUUUCUGCACGUUCUAAGUUUAUUCGACCUACGUUUCUCCAUGCUCUAAGCUAAAAAACAGUGGUUUUGCA